AUGUCUCCUCCUCGCACUCUCCGCGAAUACACGACGGAACCAGCUGUUCUUUUUAAGCUUUCUAACGAAAAGCUUCUUAGUCUUGUUCGCGAUGAAUUUGAAGAUGAGCUUUGCCGGUUGAAAAGCGCGUACUCGGUCGGCGGUAGAAGGGAAGUCAAUCUAUUCUCAAAAUCACCUUCUGCGAUCUUAUACGGAGAAGACUAUGAUGAAGUCAACCGUACGCUUGUUGGGGUGUUGACCUUGAAAUGGAUUUACAAUGGAGAAUACGAUAUCCUUGUGUCAAAUCAAGCUGAAGCUCUUAAACUUUCUCGCCAAUCGUUCGAAUGGAUUUCUAACUUCUAUGCGGAUUCAAUUGCGAAUCCGAAUGAGUUAUACGCUCUCAUUACUUCCAUAGUGGUGAAUGAUAUAGGAAAGGAUGAACAGCUCGCCUCCGAAUACCAAAAGAAAACCGGAGAGAAUAUCGCUUCGAUGAAUCAUGAUAUGAUUCUCCUUAAGGCGGUUGAAGCUGGCAUCUUGGGUUGCUUAGAUCGUCUAUCUGCAGAAGACAAGGCUGAUAUCAUGCGCGGCAUGGAAUUAGGUGCAGAAUUUAACUUUGGACAACUUGCACAGGCGGAGAACGCACCAGCUUGCCUGAUUAGUCUGGAGAAGAUGAAAGGUCACGCCCGUGGAUUUCGACUUCGAUUUCAGGAGCAGCUGCUCGAUAUUGCGGGCGCAGCGGGCCACCUCGAUUGGACUUGCGCAAAGAAACUAACCCAAUCUAAUUUCGAUGCUUAUCAUACUGUAUACGACGCUGGAAUGGGUAUAAUUGAGGGUGGUUUAAGCCUACGCGCAGGAUACGAUAUGGUUUUAGCGCGUCGGCUAAACCUACUUCAUGAGAAGGGCUUUCGGUUACUUGAUCUCAAUGUUGAAGAUGAUCGUGCUUUCGCUAGGCUCUUAUGUAUGAGUAGUGUCGCUGACCUGGCAACCGCUGAACUGUACAGCCAAGUGUGGUCGUCCCUUGAGAGUCAGGUCAGGAUCUCUUUGCGAAAGAAUCUCAACAUCGACGGCUCUAUAUCUCAGCCAGCAGUUCAAGUCACGUAUAUACCGGCACUUAUCACCCAAGCGGUUGAUAUUAGUGGCCCAUCGACCCCUGAGGAUAAGGGACGUGCGUUACGAAGUGCGCUCCACUAUCUAUGCAGAGUUAUGUCUGCUCCUGAUAAGCCUGAUGGUCUGGUGAGUGUUAUCGAACGGAACGUACUCUCUAUCAUAAAAGAAGUCGUUCAGAGUCCGCAAUUUCGUGAGGACCCUACCAUCUUAGAGACAGCCCCCAUACCCGAAAGCCUCGCAGCGAUGACGGAAUUACACGAACAAUAG